UCAGAGCAGAGGCAGCAGCCCCAGGGUCGGCGGGCUGCGGCUUGCCAUGGGGAACACCAUCAGGGCCCUCGUGGCCUUCAUCCCGGCUGACCGCUGCCAGAACUACAUGGUCAGAGACCUCCGGGAGAUGCCGCUGGACAAGAUGGUGGAUCUGAGUGGGAACCAGCUCCGCCGCGUCCCCGUGCACGUGUGCUCCUUCCAGCAGCUGGCCAAGCUCUACCUGAGUGACAACCACCUCAACAGCCUGCCUCCGGAGCUGGGGCAGCUGCAAAAUCUGCAGAUCCUGGCCCUGGAUUUCAACAACUUCAAGGCUCUGCCCCAGGUGGUAUGUACCUUGAAACAGCUCUGCAUCCUCUACCUGGGUAACAACAAACUCUGCGACCUCCCCGGUGAGCUGAGCCUGCUCCAGAAUCUCCAGACCCUGUGGGUCGAGGCCAAUUACCUCACCCAGCUGCCAGAUGUGGUCUGUGAGCUGAGUCUCCUCAAGACUCUGCAUGCUGGCUCCAACGCCCUGCGUCUGCUGCCAGGCCGGCUCCGGCGCCUCCGGGAGCUGAGGACCAUCUGGCUCUCAGGCAACCUGCUGACAGACUUCCCCCCUGUGCUGCUUCACAUGACUUCCCUGGAGGUGAUCGAUGUGGCCUGGAACAGCAUCCGCUACUUCCCCAGCCUGGCCCACCUGUCAAGCCUGAAGCUGGUCAUCUAUGACCACAAUCCUUGCAGGAAUGCACCCAAGGUGGCCAAAGGGGUGCGUCGCGUGGGAAGAUGGGCAGAGGAGACCCCAGAGCCUGACCCCAGAAAAGCCAGGUGCUACGCACUGGCCAGGCAGGAAAGCCAGGAGGCACAAGUGCCUGCCCUGCCUCCUCCACUUCCGCCCACCAAUUCCUGAGAAGCUUCAGGUGUAGGUCAAUGCCAAGGACCCAACUCCAGAAUCUUCUGGAGACCUCUCCAUUAGAAUGCAAAGGACUGCUCUGGGACAGGUGGGGCGGCUCUGCCAGUGGAAAAUGGAACAGAGUCAGAUGAAAUGCCUACCUCACACCAAGAAGAAAAUACUCAAGGCCACCAUCUCUCCCAAAGGGAACUGUGUGCUAUAGGUAGCAUGACAACUACUUUGCAAGAAAAUCAGCCUCUCCAAGCAGGUAUUUUGAAACACUGAAGAGCAAGAAAGGCUGGGACCCUUUGGCCUCCUCCAGUCUCCAGGAGUGGCUGGUCAUGAGGCCAAAGAGCCCCUCAAACAAGGUAUUUGUUACAGAGCUCAUGUAAAAGUUCAGGGGGACUGUCUCCAGCCCUUUGCAGGAUGUAUUUUCUUACUAUGAAUGACCAUAAAUGGUAAGAAGAGACAUUACCGAUUCAGGCCACUUAAAAAUGACAUGUCUACCUAGUCAGUCCGAUUCAGACUCUUCAUUGUUGCAAAGGCUCAAGAUGAAGCUUCUUCCCUGAAAUUUAGUGGCUGCUGAGAAGACAGCCCUGCUGGGAAUGCCUCCUGGUGGAAUCCAGCUGCCACUUUAAACUUGACAGUGGUUCAUGCUGAUUUCGCUCAUUUUCCUUGAAAGAUUUGACCAAAGGUCUGCUCCCACCUGUAGACUGUCACUGGCAAUGCUGAAAGUCAUCUAGAAAACAGAACCUCUCCUUGGCAGUGUGGUUGCAUCAAAAUCAAGCCUCGUUGUGACUGGCUGCCUCUGUGGAGCAGAGCCCUCCUGUUUACUCACGUAAUGAACGAGAACUGAACUGAAUCCCUUGCCAUGCAGGGACCACAUUUCCAGAAAUCAUAUUAGGUUAAAAGUUGUAGGUGAGAAAUCUGUUCGCUUGCAACAAGCAUUUGGAAAUUGGAAUUGCAGGUUGUGGUAUAUAUAGGAAUUGUCUGCCUCUUCAGCCUCAGUAUCUCUGCCCCUGCUCUGAUUUGUUUUGAUUUUUGUAGAUAAAAUCUUUUGAUGGUCAGUGUAUAAACCUAGGUAUUCAGGCCGCUAUUUCUCUGAAGUAUGUUAAUCAUGACCUUUUCUUCUCCCCAUGAAUACAUCAAUUUUAAACAAACUGCUGUCAGUGGGUAGUUUAAUAACACAAUCCUUUAUGAUCUUGAACCCUUUCAGCAGUCAAGGAAACAAAAGUGUCAUCUUAACUAAAACAUAUUGAAUUUAGCUUUUAAAAAGUACUUUUGCCAUAAAAGCAUCUUAACCCAGCAAAGUUUGGUUCUAAAACGACAUUAUACAGCAAUUUUCAUGUUUUCCUACCAUAAUUAUUUCUUGCUAAACCAGAGGAAGAAAAAGUUUCAUGGUUUCACAUCAUCUCUUCCUAUCACCACCUCCCAGUCUGUAGAGUAACUACAACCCAUUGAUCAGACUGCCAAAGGGUCCUUUUAAUCACUAAAUUGUCAAAUACUUAACUCCUUUAAUAAUGAGCCCAGAUUUCUAUUAGACAGCUAGGAUUUAGUCUAUUUACUCAUUCCUAAUGACUGCAAUUACACUAUACUCAGUUGAUACUAGAAACUUUCUGCCAACAAGACUGCCUUCUGAGCUGUUUCAUAGCUCAUCCUUCACAAUGGCUAUGAUUUUCUUUUGACCCUCUCUUCCCCCUCCUAAGAUUAAGGCGCCCACCUUUUUCCAAGGAAGCCAUAAGCUGUAGCCAUUUGACCCAUAGAAUUUUCAUCUAAUGAGCUAACUAGUCUGAAACAGGUAUCAAAUUAUAAACAUUCUGACACAUAAACUGUUUUGUUCUAAAAUAAUCAAUACACAACAAAUAAACACUUCUUAAACAACAUGGUUAAGUGUUCACCACGAAUUUUGCUGUCCAAGUUUUCACUAUAGGAUUUCAAUCAAUUUUAUAAAUUGACUAUGUAAAUGCAUAUUUACAUUUCUAUAACCCUCUGAUGUUUUCUUGAAAUUCUAACAUAAUUAUAAACUUUAAAAGGGAAAAAUGCUGAAGCACCAAACGUUAACUUUUUAACUUUUUUUUUUGGUGCACCGCGUGACCUGCGAAAAUCUUA